AAUGAUUCUAGAAUCUGUCUUUCAUCUAUGCUUCUAGGAUCCUAUAUAACCUGGUGUGUAUAAGGAUUAUUCUCACUUCAACAAACGGCCCAAACAGUCGAACACCAGUUGCCUGGUUAUAUCGAAGUACUAAUGGAAAGACACACAGAAAUAGCAGAAUAUACUCCAGAGAAGACUGCAAUGGAUUCCAGUGAAUUUACAAAGACAGACAAAAUGUUUUCACAUAAGGACAUCCCGCAGAUUGUCCAGUUAUUCAGAGAGGCUGAUGCAGACGGAGGUGGAGGGCUUGAUAUGGAAGAGUUUUGUGGAGCGAUGAGGAAGUUAUAUGGUGACGUUGAUAAAGAAGAACUGAUUGCCCUCCACAUGCAAGUUGACGCAAACUGUGACACCACUGUGGACCUUGGUGAGCUAAUGGACUUCCUAUUGAAUAAAAAUAAGGCGUCAGAAAGCAUGGAUUAUAAAAAUCAAGCCUUUCCCAAACCUAUCACCAAGAUACCUGUGGAUCACUGUAAAGCAAUCAUUCGUCUGCUUUUCAUUCCCUACGAGGAUGGCAGGGAAACUGAUCAGGAUUAUGAGGAAUUAACAGGACAAACAAGAAGUUACCAGAGAGGUAAGUACCUCUCCAUCAGCUCGGAUGGUAUUCUCAAAGCCUGGACUGACAGCUUUGACAUGCAAUACACAACUGCAUUAUACAAAACCAAAAAGACACUUCCUUUUUCACACAUCAACAAAAUGUGUGUUCAUGACAUGGUGUACCUCAGAGAACUGAAACAGCUGGCUGUCUCCACUUCUGACAGGGAACUGUUAUUCUAUGACUGCAAUGACUUCCCUGAGAUGUUUAAAAUCAGUCACUCUUUAAUAGUAGAGGACAACAUAGUGAACGCCAUGAACUACUGGUCCAAAGACACUAAAGCAGUGUUUUCCUUUGGUGAUGUAAAAGGCUUUUUGUCUGUGUUUAUCUCCUACAACGUAAAGAAAAACGGUCUCUUCUGCCCAGAGCUGUACGACAAAAUCUCCCUGCGGUCGUAUAAAACAGUUUGUGUUUCAGCCCUGUUGAAGAAAACAUCUAAGGACUUUCUAUGUGUUAAAGUCCCUGUCUUUAAUGAUACGUGCAUGACGAUCCAAUAUUUUACAUCACUCAACUCAUUUGCCAUCUGCGGUAAUUCAUCCAAGACAAUGGUCCUUGCUGGCCUACCCAAGCCUUCCAGAACCAAAGUCUCUAAAAAAGUCUUCAGGAGCCGCGGAGACAAUGAGUUUUUCACAUGUGUUGAAUACUCCCCUUCAGCUGAGCGUCUGGUGACUGGUGGUACAGAUGGCUUGCUGCGGGUGUGGUUUCCCCACAAAACCAUGUCAUGCGAACAGGAAUUAACAGGACAUGUCAAACCCAUCACCUGCAUUUCAUUCAACCCCAUAGACAAAAUAUUUGUCAGUCUAUCGGAGGACAAGAAUGUACGCGUGUGGUCCGAGGACGGCUGGAUGUGUAGACAAAGCUUCCAGGCUCAAGACAUGGGGAGGGCCCCAAUCUCCAGUGUGUGUUAUAACAUACACAACAAUGAGUUAGUCCUGGCUAACUCGGAUAUAGGAAAAUAUCUUGGAAGAGGAACAGACGUUUUCAAAGAAACCUUAACAUCCCACGACAAGCCCCUUUGCGGUGCUCUCUAUCACAGCAUCUUCAAACAGGUUGUCUCUGUUUGCCGAAACGGUGUGGUGACAGUGUGGGAUAUCGUAACAGGAAAGGCCGUCAUGCAGUUCAAGGUGACUCCGGGUCAGAAUGAGGGGCUCACUGCCAUGUCCUUUGAUGAAGCGCAACGCAGACUAAUCACAGUUUCCCAGGAUGGGAAAUUGAGACUGUGGAACUUUAACAACGGCACAGAGCUCGGCGUUCUUCCUGUAACUGUGCCGAGGGAGGUGACGGGUAUUGCCUGCAUUAACAACAGAGUGUUUGUCUCUGGAAGAAACUCCAAGAGGAUUUUUGACCUGGAUUUAGAGGAACAGGACAACAGAUUUUUGGAGCAUGAUUAUUUAAAUGACAUUUCCUCAAUGGAUGUGCACGAAAAUACGCUGGUUACCGCCUCCAGCAAUGGAAAUAUUGUUAUCUGGGAUGCUGAGACUGCCGAGGCUCUCUGCUGGCUCAAUCCCAGUGAGGGCCCUCGAGUACACAUGGCAGGAAGAAAAGAUCAAGGCCGGACAGGGAGUCUACCUGUUGAGAAGAGCAUACAUAAAAAAUCUACAACUCUGACUGGGAAUAAGACUACCAGUCCUCUUAUCUUAUGUCUGAAGACAAGGGAGGUCAAUAUUGACACAGCCACACUGCUGAUUUCUGCAGAUGGCUACAUCAAUGCGUGGUCUGUUAAUGUCAAAGGAGGUCUGUUAGGAAAGUUCAGGGCAGUAAAUUAUGAAGGUGCCGUCAUUACCGCCAUGUCGACUGAUGUCAAUGAACAGAUUUUACUGACUGGGGACAGUACCGGAAAGAUUUAUCUGUGGGACAUUCAGGAAUUCGGGUUAAAAAAACAGGCAGACAAAGGGCCAUUUGAGGAUAUACAUGGGUGGCGUGUGUCACUGUGUCCACCUCCUCUGUUGGGCUCCUGGCGAACUCACUUCACAGGGGUGGUGAGUGUUAAAUGUGACCCUGCUUGUGAAAACAUAAUUACUGCGGGGUUGGACUGCAAUGUCCGGCUAUGGACAAAUACAGGCUGCUGUGUAGGCCUCUUUGGGAGAGACCAAUGGGGUGCUACGCAACUCAGCCCUGAGAAGAAUGCUGAACAGCAGGAGCCAGAAAAACCAAGCACUGCAAAGACAAGAAACUCUCAUAUACCAUUCCCUGAGUCUCCAAGGUCUUCAUCACCCACAUCUCCGCUCCCAAACUUUGACGACCUAUAUGAACAAAUUAGAGAGGUAACCAAAACACCUGAGGUUACGCCAACACUGACUUUUGAUCAACUACUAACUGAAUAUAAACAGCUGAUCAAGUACAAGCCAAGUUUUGACCAAAUAAAAGAUAUGUGGAUGUUGGGGAAUGAAAAUACUCCAUCACCAUGUCCUUCAAAAACCACGCCAGCCAGGGGGUCAGAUCACACCUCAGACCAUGUACACUUUCCUACCAUCCCUGAUAGGAUUCAACUCACAAAAUGUCAGACCCAGUUGAAAACGCAUCCAACUCAGACUCAGCUCUUCAGAGGUGGCACUUACCCAAAACAAAGCACUCCUCAGACAGGGUCUCCGAAUUUAAACCACACUAGGUCCAAAUAUGGACGUGUGCUCAAGACUCAGCAGAGAGACUCAUUAAAAGGAAGUGUCCUCACACCAUGUCCACCAAACUCCCUGCCAGGAGAACAGGGGUCUGAUCACACAUCAGAGCAGGUACACUUGCUACCCAUCCCUGACAGGGUUCAACUCACACAUAAUCAGACCCAGUUAAAGCCAAAUCCACCUCGGACCAAGCUCAUCAGUGGUGGCACUAACCUUAAACAAAGUUCUCCUCAAACAGCAUCUCCAAAUUUGAACCAGACUAGAUCCAAAUAUGGAAGAGUGCUGAAGAGUCAGAAGAGAGAAAGAUCAGAAAGCGAUGUCCUCACACCAUGUCCACCAAAUACCCUGCAAGGGAAGCAGGGCUCCGAUCACAGAUCAGAGCAGGUACACUUGCCACCCAUCCCUGAUAGGGUUCAACUCACACAUCGUUAGACACAGUUGAGGCCACAUCCACCUCAGACCACUUCCCUCAUCCCUUCAUCCUUUCAUCCCUUCAUCCCCUCAUAUCUGCUCCCAUCAUCCUUUCAUCCCUUCAUCCCCUCAUCCCUGCUCCCUUCAUCCCCCAUUUCUUCUCCCCUCAUCCCUUCAUACCCUCAUCCCUCCUCCAGUCUCCUCCACUGCAUGUCUACCAAACACCCUGCCUAGAGAGCUGGCGUCUGAUUACAGAUCAGAGCAGGUACACUUGCCACCCAUCCCUGAUAGGGUUCAACUCACACAUCGUUAGACACAGUUGAGGCCACAUCCACCUCAGACCACGCUCACAACAGGCUGCUCUAACGCUUCAAAGAACUCACCAAGAUUCAUCCAGGAAGACAUUAAAAGGUGAGGUCUUCUCACAAUUACAAAUGCCAUAUCCUAUCACAGACACAGGCAGCAUCUCUUCCAUGUAAGACCCAAAUGGCCGUGCUGUACAUUCUGCAGCUCUGCCGACAUGGAUUUGAACUUAUCCCCUCCUCCAGUCUCCUCCAGAGCAUGUCUACCAAACACCCUGCCUAGAGAGCUGGCGUCUGAUCACACAUCAGAGCAGGUACACUUGCCACCCAUCCCUGAUAGGGUUCAACUCACACAUCAUCAGACCCAAUUGGAGCCUCAUCCCUUCUUCCUCUCAUCUCUGCUCCCCUCAUCCCAUCAUCCUUUCAUCCCCUCAUCCCUGCUCCCCUCAUCCUCUCAUCCCUCCUCCAGUCUCCUCCACUGCAUGUCUACCAAACACCCUGCCUAGAGAGCAGGGGUCUGAUCACAGAUCAGAGCAGGUACACUUGCCACCCAUCCCUGAUAGGGUUCAACUCACACAUCGUUAGACACAGUUGAGGCCACAUCCACCUCAGACCACUUCCCUCAUACCUUCAUCCCUUCAUCCUUUCAUCCCUUCAUCCCCUCAUCCCUCCUCCACACCAGGUCCACCAAACACCCUGUCUGGAGUGCUGGGGUCUGAUCACACAUCAUCAGACCCAGUUGGAGCCACAUCCCCCUCAGACCACGCUCCCAACAGGCUGCUCUAACGCUUCAAAGAACUCACCAAGAUUCAUCCAGGAAGACAUUAAAAGGUGAGGUCUUCUCACAAUUACAAAUGCCAUAUCCUAUCACAGACACAGGCAGCAUCUCUUCCAUGUAAGACCCAAAUGGCCGUGCUGUACAUUCUGCAGCUCUGCCGACAUGGAUUUGAACUUAUCCCCCCAUCCCAUCAUCUUCUCUUCAUCCCCAGCUGGUCACGCAGCCGGCUCACAUUGACCAGAGACACCAGACGAGCAGCGCAGCAGCGGAUACACCAUAAAUUUUGUUUUAAUUUACAUGUGUAAGGCUGUUGUCAGGUAGCCUGUGAAAAUAAAUUUUAAAUUGUAGAUUCA